GCAGCGCUGCGGGAGGCAGCUGCGGACACCGCGGCGUCUGUCUGUCCUGACUGAGGCCCGCCUCGCCGAGCCCUAGAGCAGACGUUCGUGGUCUCUUGGGUUGGCCAACGUGUCGGGGGGCGCAGUUCAUCUACGCCAGCUCAGACAGGACUCAAGCCACCGCCCCCUUUUCUCCAGGAGGUUCCCCUAGCCGUGCUGCCCUUCCCGCCUGCGAUGGGGCCGGGCUGAGCCUUCUCCCGCUUCGCUGUCCCUUUGCAAGGGAGAAAGGAGAAGGGAGGAGAGGGAUGGAGGAGCUUGGACAGGAGGCGGUAUUGCUCUUCCUCACCCAAAGAGGGGGCCGAGCCCGCAACGCGGAGCUGGUGGAGCAUUUCAGGGGGGCCCUGGGAGGUGAGCCCGAGCAGCGAGCCCGGGCCCGGGAUCGCUUCAAGCAGCUGGUGAACACUGUGGCUACAGUCCGAACCGAUCCUGAAGACGGGACCAAGUAUGUAUACCUGAAGAAGAAGUUCAUCAGUGGUAGUCUGCCUCUCCCGGUGCCCGCGGGGCAUGAGGGGGCCCCGACCCUCCAGGUCCCCGAGGGCGGCGAGCGGGGGGCUGGCAGCGAGCAUCGUCCCUCAUCUCCAGCCGGGCCAGUGGACUUGAGAAAGGAGGAUGCGCGGAGCCCACCACCCUCCCCCGGAAGUAGGGAGCCUAACCCAGAGUUGCAGGAACAGGAGCAGCAGCAGUUACCGUCGCCGGUCGCUCUUCAGGUAGUGCCCAGUAUCUCUGUGACCGAAGCACCCGAGCUCGAGGAGGCUUCGGGCCCUCUGGACAGCGCUAACCUGCCUACCCCUAAUGAACUUGAGUCACCGGAGGGAAACAUUCCUCCCUCCAGUGGGGACCACUUGGUCCCAGAGAGCACUCCUGAGGAAAGUGGACAGACAGUGGACCAAGAAUUGCCUCCCCAUCUAGUCUCUGGUGAAAGCAGCAGGAAUGAAUUGCCGAGAUUGGGGCAGGUGCAGCCCCUGGGCGUCGGGGCGCGGAGGAAAAAUUCUAGACGUAAUGUACCUCUGCUCCGAGGGCUACCACAGGGUUCCUGCGGUGGGGAAGAGUCAGAACCUUUCUCAAAAAACUGGGAGGAGGGAGACGUUUGCAGCUCUCCUGGAGGAGUCAGUACCCCAAGACCUGGCCGCAAGAAUUUGCUGGAUCUGAUGAUAGGCAGUUCCCCGCAGCUUAAAAGGAGUUUCUUUGUUGGGGGAAACAACCCUGGGGGCUCUUCUGGAGGGGGACGUGCGCCCAGAAGUGGCGGAGACUCAGACACCGCUUCUUUAGCUUCGUCUUCCACCGAGGAAGAAGGAAGCGCAACCGGGUCGGUGGCCUUGGACCCUCUGGAACAUGCCUGGAUGCUUUCUGCCUCGGAUGGUAAAUGGGACAGUUUGGAAGGACUGCUCACUUGCGAGCCUGGUUUACUGGCCAAGCGUGAUUUUAUCACCGGCUUCACCUGCCUUCACUGGGCCGCCAAGCAUGGAAAGCAGGAACUCCUGGCCAUGCUGGUCAAUUUUGCCAAUAAGCACCAGUUACCAGUAAACAUCAACGCCAGGACCAGCGCAGGCUAUACAGCUCUGCACCUAGCAGCAAUGCAUGGACAUGUAGAGGUAGUGAAGUUGCUGGUGGGAGCCUAUGAUGCAGAUGUGGACAUUAGGGAUUACAGCGGAAAAAAGGCCUCUCAGUAUCUGAGCCAGAGCAUCGCAGAGGAGAUUAAGAAUUUGGUGGGCGCCCUGGAAGACGAUGAUGGAGAGAGUGCUUCGGAAAGUGUGGGUGGGCGCUGGAAGCUCUCUAAAGUACUCCCUUCAAAUCUUAUCACAUAUAAACUCUCUCAUGUACUGGAGGAUGGGGGAGAUCACCAUCACCACCACUACCACCACCACCACCACUCUUUGGCUGAUGGGUCUGCUGGGAGCAAGUCAUCGAGUCGCAAAGCAUCAGGUGGCAGCAGCAGCAGAAUGAAACCCAGACUCAACAAAAUUCGGUUCCGAACGCAGAUCAUUCACAGCACACCCUCUUUCAGGGACCCUGAACAACCAUUAUCAGAGGAGGAAAGGCCCCUUAAAAGCAGCUCCUCCACAUCCUCCUUCAAAUUGAGACCGAAAUCCAAUGUAUUCGGGUAAAAUUUAUUCUUUUGGGCACAGUUUAGAAUAUGUCCUCUGGCGUAGGAAAUUUGAAUGUUAAACAGAAUUUGGAAUAAAUAUAGGAAGAGAAGGGGAAAGAUUAAGGAAAAUAAAACUCCAUUCUGUACUUGGGGGAGGGGAAGGAGAGGAAAGAGAUCAUGCAUUCUAUUGGGUAAACCCAUAUAUAAACAAACUACUGGGAUAGACUUUUAAACCUCUCCGUAAAUGGCUGAUUCUCUGCAAACACUGGCUUAUUUUGGGCUAGUGUAUCUGUGCCAACAGAUUCCUUCCCCUUAGAAUUUUUUUCCCCUCUAGAUCCCAAAUUUUUAGGGACUAGAUAGGAACUUGAAGUGGUAAGGACAAUUUUUUUUUGGUAACCUUUUACUGUUACUGGAUUUUGUGCAUAAAUACAUCGUUUUUGAUGCGUCUGUUUAAAUAUUGUUACUCUCAUAGGAAUGGAGAUAGUCAGUUUGCAAUGAAACUUGUAUGUUCUGCCAUGCAUUUUCUGUAAAUGUUUUUGCUGUUGGAGGUACUAUUACUACUGAAUGUAUAGUCAACAGAAUGCAAAAGCACUGAUAAAGAUAAUGUGAGUGAAAAUGGGAGUUUUCAGUAGCAGUCACUAUUUUAAAUAUUUAAGUUUAUAAUCACUGUGAACUCAAAUGCUAAGUAAAAUUUUUUGAGUUAAUCUGUGGUACAUUCCAUCUAACUGUAUAUAACAGCACUGCACUCAGCACUGUGGUGCAUCAUUCGUAACUUAAUGCAACAGACCUAGAACACUCUUAGCACCAAUCAUGCUGUAAAUGAAUAGUUUUUUAAUCAGACCUAAAUCAAUUCAAGUAUUAAAUAUUCCUAGUCAUUCCUUUUUAAAUUAAUAAUCCAAGAGUCAUUUAACUGUCUUGCCUUUUUUUUUUUUUUUUACCCUGUUUUAUGGUGCUUGGGGUGGAAAUGCUUCAAGAAACAAUUUCUAGUUUUAGAUGCUUAGCUGGAAUUGGCAGUCUACUAGAAUAAGCUCAUGAAGUUACUAUUAAGUUAGACUUUUAACAGACUAUUACUAUUAAAUUAUUCCCAUUUAAGGUACAAUUUUUUUUAACAAGUAGAACUUUCUUAUCUGUGCUCUGAAGUAAUGUUCUGCACAUUUUAAGAUCUUAGUCUAAACCCAUUAGCUAACUUAACAGCUUUCUUGAAGUUAAUA